GGGUGGGGAGAGGUCCCCUGCCGGGUCGAUGUGGCGCUUUUUUCUGCAGCCCCCCCCAAAUUCCUGCGGAGGGGCGGAGCUGGCUGGCCGGCUCCUCCCACUCCGGGCGGCGGGGCCCCAGCCUCCCCUCCCCCACUAUUUGGCAGCGUCUGGGGGUCUGGGGAAGCUUCGUUUAUGCACUCGGGGGAGUUAGGUUUCCGGGAAGGGUCGGAAGCUCCUCCCUCGCUUCCUGGUGGGCAGUGGGGUGGUGCGUUUGAUUCCAGGGGUGGGAAAGAGCCCCUUCAUUUCAAGGACGCAAGUGGCAUUUUGAGCUUUCGCAAUCUAAACCAGGUGUGUGGAGAGAAGGAAAUGCUUACUCCCAGCUUGAACCCUGAGCCGUGGUUCUCAAACUUUAGUGUCCUGUGGGGUCACCUGGGGAGGUUGUUAGGAAUGCUCAUUCCUAGGGCCCCACUUAAAACCUGCUGAAUCUGAGAUCCCGGAGUAGAGUCUGAGUAUCAUUUGAAUCACCUUGCCAGGUUGGUUGUAAUGCAGGUCGUCCAGGGGCCACACUUUGAGAACUGCUGACUGGACUUCAGAAGCUAGACUGGAGAUAGGCACUCUGCAGAGAACUAGUUAUACUUUGCAAAGAAUAUGUGUGUUCUCUAUUCCUUAGUGUCCUGGUGCAUGUAUACAUGAAGUGUUGGAUAAAGAUCAACAGUCUCUGUUUGAAGAUACACUGAGGACUUAGCAAGGGAGAGAGUAAUUUGAAUACUUGAAACAGCCUGGUGAGGGGGGGAGUUGUGAAUUUGCUGUUCUGAAAGCAUCAGAGGACUUGCAAGUGAAGUAUUUUUCUUUUGGAUUUGCACCCACAAAGCCAAGACACUUUGAGACAUGUUCUUAUAAAAUCUUGCUGAUGACAAUAGUAACAGGUUAUACUUGUUUCAGAUGUCACUUCCUCAGAAUUGUCACAAAGCGGGGUUAUAGUGCACAUAGCAUAAUUGUCUCUUGACACCCUGUAGUUUAUUUGUAAUUGCUGUAAUUCAGUUUUAAUGAUGAAUGAAGCUCAACCUUCUAAUCUUUCAUUUUAUUGGAAAGUGUGGUUCCUGCCUCAAAGGUGUUGUGCGAAAAAAAUGAUGUAUUGGAGCUUUUUACAAAUUUGUGGUGUGCAUUUUUAUUUCUCAGAGCCUGUAAAACUCAGUUAUUGACUUAAAAGAACUAACACUGUUUGAUUUGUAGAAUUUUCACUGGUGUACCUGACCAUCUUCCUGAGGCAUUUGUUGCCCAAGGAACAGAAAUAGCAAUUAGUUUGUGCACUGAAGUUUUGCAUUUCAGUUAAUUUGUUUUGGUUUGGGAUAUGAAAUUUGAAGAUUUUGAAGUUCCUAAAUAUUUUUUUCUGAUUUAGUCAAAUCGAAGCUUUGGUUAGCUUUCAGGAUCUCUUGGAAAUUUCAGGAUUUCUCCAGUGUUGCUUCACCUGGAAACAAAUUUUGGCCUGAAGGAGGGUAGAGGAGAGCCCAAAGGAUGUGCUUUUUCUCCUCAAGAUUGAGUCUUGGGUGUCGAUUGAAAUUCUCCUCAGAGUUUCUGUUACCCAGGUGUUUAUGACUCUGGGCACCAAAAGGAAAUUUACUUGCCAGAGUUUUCCUUGUUAGAGGUAGGUGAAAGUACCUUUAAAUCCUGUGUUAUUUAUGUCCUGGCAGAAUUCUAAAGUCUGCUUGUCUCAAAGCUCUGUUGACUCUUACCAGUUGAAAGACUCUAGGAAUUUGGUGUCCACUGUUCUAUUAAGCUUCUUUAGGUUCUUGAAUUUACUGUGAUCUGCACUCCAGUAUCCAGGUUGGUAUUUCUAUUUUGUCAUUGGCUCAACUCAUGCCAGAUUAUCCCAGUAAGUUCUUUCUCUUCUGUGGUUCUUCAUUUAAAAAAAUAGUACUAUGAAUAGGAAUUACUUUGUGGUGCACUUAACAUGUGAAAGAUAACUUUUGGGAACAUGGUGUGUAAUUUUUGCAUAUUUUAAAUUGUUUAUUUUUUGUUUAGAAUUUCUGUCCCUUUGGAUGAGACCCAUUGGUGGGUGAGGGGAACUUUUAGACUUCUCUCAUUUAAAAAAAAUUCUGUAACAAACCAAGUGCUGGAGAAUUUGUGAGAGCUUACACUGGGUAGAGAGAAGCUUGACUCUAGUGAUCUGUAAUGGUAGGGCAGUAGAUUAGAUCUAAUUACUCUUUGGACAGGUGAAUUUGGAGUGCUUGCCGUGGAAUCAGAUGCACUUGCUUGGGGGCAGUUUCAUAUUGCUCCUGAUCUUGCUCAGAUUGGUGGCUAGAGUAAUACCAGGAAUCCUUUUAAAAACUAUUUUGGUAGAGAAAGAAGAAACGUUUGGAAAAUUUCAGUAGUGUAGUAAACCUCAGGGGAUUGAUUUUUGCAGAUGUUAAUUAUGUUGAGAAGUAGAUGUUCUUUUAAACAUUUCGUAUUUGUCUUUCCUAGAUGUAAGAGGUAGGCUUUAGGAGGUUUAGAGGAUUGGAUGGGUAUGAAUUCUCCUGCUUGUUAGGAACAAUUUGUUUGGGAGAAAUAGCUGAGUGGGUUUCCCUUUAAACCGAAUGCCCUUAAAUGGAUUCUCCCUGGCUUUGAGAAACUCUUCAUUGUGUGCUUUAUCUUUCACUUUGAUUCAUGACUGACCAUUCUUACAUCAAACAUUUUUUUUCCCUUUGAAGUAGGAGAAGAGAUACUUUUUUUUUUUUAAGUGUACUCUGGAAACACAGAGACUAGGGAUAGAACACUGCUGAAUUGUUCUUACACUAAAAGCUGGAGGCAUAUACAGGUUUAAUAAAAGUGAAUACUUUCUAUCUUUUGAUGUAACUUCCCUUUAGAGAUUUUGUUUCCUCUGUCUUAGAUUCUCAGGCUCUUCCUGACUGCAAUUUAAAUAACUGGUAACUAAUUUUUCAGAGUCAUGCUUCUUAAAAAAAUUAUCAUACAAAAAUUCACCAGCUCAGCUCACAGUUAGUAUCAAAGAAGCUAUAUCAGUGGCAGUGAAUAUUAGUGGCUUGUACCAGGGUUUACUGUGGGUUUGUUCAAGUCAACACUGCUUAAUUAUAAAAAUGGCUCUUAGGUUCUUGGAAUACAAAGAUAUAUAAGGUUUGCCCUUGAGGAGCUUAUUGUCUUUUGGGAUGGAGAAGGUCCAGACACAUGAAUAGGAUUUUAUUACAGGCCUGGCAGGUGUCAUUAUAGAUGUAUAAAUGGUAAUAGACAUCCUGAUUCCUGCAUAUUGUCUAGGUGUAAUUAUGAGUAGUUCCUCCUUUUACUCUCAAGUGUCCUGCUUUGAAGGAUAAAUUACAUGUGUUGUGCAACUGUGGGACUCUGUUUAACUCUUUGUGGCAAAGAGCAGAGACGGCUUCCUGGAGGAAGGUGCUUUCCGAACUAAAUCUUGAAGGGUGAGUAGGAGUUAGGCCCAUCAGAGAGGCCGUAAGUAGGAGCUGGUGACAAAAAAUAGAGGAGAAUGUGUGUGUUUAUUUGCAGGGUGGAGAGUGUGGAAAUUGGGUAGCCCUACAUGUAGUUAUUGGAACAUAAAGUUCAUGGAGCAUCAGUUUGGCAGUCCUUUAGAGAGACAGAUAGAGACCAGAUUGUGAGGGCCUUGUAUGCCAGGCCAGCACACACCCACUUUGUGCCAGGCACUUAUUUACAUUAUCUCUAAUCUAUAAAACAACUCUGAGAGAGGGAGCAUCAGUAUCCUUCCCUCACAAAUGAGGUCACCUAAGCUCAGAGUGGGUAGGUAACUUGCCCAGGAUUAGAAGGCUAGAAUUUGAAUCCACAUCUGUCUGGUUUUAAAGCCUGUGCUUUUCCAGUGGCCAGUGGACUCUGGAAGCUUCAGUCGUCCAGUGUGUGAUUAGGUUGCUAUUGAAGGAUUUUCAAGUAGGAAAAUGAUGAGGGCAAGUUUGUUUUGUUGGGCUGACCUCAGGCUCUAGCAGGUUUAAGUUCUGCAGAAGCAGAGAUUUAGUCUUGUUUACUGAUGAAUUCCUAGGAUCGUCUGUGAUAUAAAGUAAAUAUUUCAUGUAUUUCUUGAAUGAAGGAUGGCAGCAGAGUAAGAAUUUGAGGAAAGCAGGGCUGAUUGCAGGGAUAUUAGCGAAGAGGCUGUUGUGUUGGGGCAGGUAAGAAACCAGCUGUGGGAACUAAGGGACAGGCGAGAGUGAAGGAUGAUGCCGAGAGGCUGCCAUCCAAGGUAAGGAGUAUUAGAAGAAGAAGGGAGAUGAGUUAGAAUUGCUGAGUAGAUAAAUUAGGGUGGAGAUGAAAUAGAGUAAAUGAUCACAGGGCAUGCCCCAGACAGAACUGAAUAUUUGAGUCUGAAGCUUGGGGAAAAAUCCAGGUAGAGGUGGAGAUUUGGGAGUUGUCAGAAGUUAGGUAGUAGUUGAAGCUGUGGGAGAUAAUGUUACUCAAGGGGAAUAUAGAACUUGAGCUAAGAGACUAAGAAUGGGACCAUGGUAAAUAGGGGUUUUAGUUUGGCACCUACAUCUCCAAAACUUAAAUUCCUUUAGUGCUCAGGGCUUGUGUUCUUCCAUAGAGAGAUCCUUCACAGCAGCAGUCCUGUGACACUUCUUGCUUUACAUUGACAGAGCAAUACAGUACUCGGUUGUUAUGGUUGUUAAAUGUUAAAUGACUGCAAGAUGUUAGUGGGGUUUGGACUAACCUCAGCAGCGGUACUGGUAGCGACAGAACAGAGAUACCGACAGCCUGUCUUUCCUCCCUGAGAAGGGUAGCACGCCUGAAACAAUUCAGCUUCUUAUAGUGAGAGAGCUCCGCUUGCUCACUGAGACACUACUGCUGUGACUUAGUUAUAGAUGUCGCUAACAUAAAUGGGAUGUUCCAUUUCUCAUUGUUUUGCUUGUACCAAUCAUAUAGAAUCACAGUAUUAUGCUGCCAAAUGGCAAAAUGUACUGUGGCAGUGAACACCAGAAUUUCACAGCCUACCAGCGAAAGUCAUCAUUUAAAAAUAUGAGUACUAAUGUACUAGAAAACUACUCGGAUGCUCCAAUGACACCAAAACAGAUUCUGCAGGUCAUCGAGGCAGAAGGACUAAAGGAAAUGAGAAGUGGGACAUCCCCUCUCGCAUGUCUUAAUGCCAUGCUACAUUCCAAUUCAAGAGGAGCAGAGGGGUUGUUUUAUAAACUGCCUGGCCGAAUCAGCCUUUUUACACUCAAGAAGGAUGCCCUGCAGUGGUCUCGCAAUCCAGCUGCAGUGGAGGGAGAGGAGCCAGAGGACACAGCUGAUGUGGAGAGCUGUGGGUCUAAUGAAGCCAGCACUGUGAGUGGUGAAAAUGAUGUUUCUCUUGAUGAAACGUCUUCUAAUGCAUCCUGUUCUACAGAAUCUCAAAGUCGGCCUCUUUCCAAUCCCAGGGACAGCUACAGAGCUUCAUCACAGGCAAACAAGCAAAAGAAAAAGACCGGGGUGAUGCUGCCUCGAGUUGUCCUGACUCCUCUGAAGGUAAACGGGGCCCACGUGGAAUCUGCAUCAGGGUUCUCGGGCCGCCACGCCGAUGGCGAGAGCGGCAGCCCGUCCAGCAGCAGCAGCAGCGGCUCUCUGGCCCUGGGCAGCACUGCUAUUCGUGGCCAGGCCGAGGUCGCCCGGGACCCUGCCCCGCUCCUGAGAGGCUUCCGGAAGCCGGCCACAGGUCCAAUGAAGCGCAACAGAGGAGAAGAGAUCGACUUUGAGACGCCUGGGUCCAUUCUUGUCAACACCAACCUCCGGGCCCUGAUCAACUCCCGGACCUUCCACGCCCUGCCGUCCCACUUCCAGCAGCAGCUCCUCUGCCUCCUGCCUGAAGUGGACAGACAGGCGGGAACAGAUGGCCUGUUGCGUCUCAGCAGCAGCGCACUGAACAACGAGUUUUUCACCCACGCGGCUCAGAGCUGGCGGGAACGCCUGGCUGAUGGCGAGUUCACUCAUGAGAUGCAAGUCAGGAUACGACAGGAAAUGGAGAAGGAAAAGAAGGUGGAACAAUGGAAAGAAAAGUUCUUUGAAGACUACUACGGACAGAAGUUGGGUUUGACCAAAGAAGAGUCGCUGAAGCAGAAUGUGGGCCAGGGGGAGGCUGAAAUUAAGAGUGACUUGCGUGUCCCAGGAGAAUCAACACGGCCACCGCGUGGUCCGGCCACCCGGCAACGAGAUGGGCAUUUCAAGAAACGCUCCCGGCCAGAUCUCCGAACCAGAGCCCGAAGGAAUCUGUACAAAAAGCAGGAGCCAGAGCAAGCAGAGGUUGCUAAGGACACACAGUCUGUGGCACCAGACAUGCCCCUCUACAAGGAUGGGGAGGCUGAGAAAGACUCAGCAGGGGCGGGUGGUCCCCACCCCCCUGGCACAUCCUCUGCAGCACCCGACCCAGAGAGUCCCGAAUUCCUGGCGGAGACUGGAGCUUCGCGGAUCCAGUCUGAUCCAGACGACCUGGCACGUGUCUCUGCGUCUCCAGACAGAGUUCUCAGCUUGCCUCAGGAAGCUGUGGAUCUGGAACCCAAGGAUCAGAAGAGGAAAUCCUUUGAGCAGGCGGCCUCUGCAUCCUUUCCCGAAAAGAAGCCCCGGCUUGAAGAUCGUCAGUCCUUUCGUAACACAAUUGAAAGUGUUCACACCGAAAAGCCACAGCCCACCAAAGAGGAGCCCAAAGUCCCGCCCAUCCGGAUUCAACUUUCACGUAUCAAACCACCCUGGGUGGUUAAAGGUCAGCCCACUUACCAGAUAUGCCCCCGCAUCAUCCCCAUCACGGAGUCCUCCUGCCGGGGCUGGACUGGCGCCAGGACCCUUGCAGACAUUAAAGCCCGUGCUCUGCAGGUCCGAGGGGCGAGAGGCCACCACUGCCAUCGAGAGGCGGCCACCACUGCCAUCGGAGGGGGGGGUGGCCCGGGUGGAGGUGGCGGCGGGGCCACCGAUGAGGGAGGUGGCAGAGACAGCAGCAGUGGUGAUGGUGGUGAGGCCCGUGGCCACCCUGAGCCCAGGGGAGCCCCGAGCACCUCUGGAAAGUGUGCGUCAGAUCUACAGCGAACACAACUACUGCCGCCUUGUCCUCUAAAUGGGGAGCACACCCAGGCUGGAGUUGCUGUAUCCAGAGCCUGCAGAGAGGACCUGGCUCCUCUCAGAAGGGAGAAGAGCUGCCCGCUGCAGAGGGUUCCAGAUGUCCUCACAAGUGCGCUGGAAGAUACCUCCCCACUUCCCGUUGCUCCCACUGGGGACCAGCCAUGCCAGGCUUUGCCUCCACUGUCCUCCAAAACCCCAGCAGCUGAGAGAGCAGCUGAACAACCUGUGUUGCAUCUAGAUGGUAGAACUGAAUGUGGGUUUGGUACUGCCUCCUGGGAAGGAGAUAAUGAAGAGCGAGGACCCACUAUCCCCCCAGAGAAUGGGCCUGUUCAGUCUCUAGCAGGGGAUGUUGUAUUAGAAGAAGGAACCUGCCAGGCUCUAGACCGUGGCAGUAGUCCCACCAUGAAGGAUCCUGUGACUGUGACCCCCAGUUCCAUCCCCAAAUCAUCACUGGCUGGUUGCCUGCAAGACAGGCAGUUUGAUGAUGAAUCAGGACUUGGUGACUCAGGCCCACCCUCGAGGGAAAGUGUUACUAGGCAAGAAAACUUGAAAACCGAGGCUCUCGACUCCACCGGUGCUGCUCCUUGGGUGCCUCCCCUGUUAAGUGAUAAGGCAGUGGGGCGGCCUGAUCCUGACUCCAGAGAUGACGUCCCAUCUGUUGAGCCCCAGGUCCGAGAGGAGUGGGAGAAAGCUGCUCCCCUCGUGCCGGCAUUGCCUAUGAGGUUGACUGCUGAGGACGGCCUGGACCCUUCUGGACAGCUCUGGACGGUGCCAUCUCAAGGGUGUGUUGACAGCACUGGCAGUGACUGCAAACAGCUGGAGGUUGAAAAGCUGAGAAUCAAUGGAGACUCUGAAGCACUGAGUCCUCACGGCGAGUCCACAGACACAGCCUCUGACUUUGAAGGUCACCUCUCUGAGGACAGCAGUGAGGCUGACCCUGGUGAAGCCACAGUGAAGAAGAGGUCCUUGGCGGUGGAGCGGGAUGAGAAACAGGACUGGCGCUGCUCUGCCUCACUCUCCAAGGUGAACGGUGACCUGAGCCUGGUCACGAGGACAGAUGGGAUGGUUGUUCCUCAGAGCUGGGUGUCCCGAGUCUGUGCGGUUCCUCAAAAGAUCCCGGACUCCCUGCUACUGGCCAGUACCGAGUACCAGCCAAGGCCAUUGUCCCUUGGGAGGCCUGGGUCCUCAGUGGAGGCCACGAACCCACUUGUGAUGCAGUUGCUGCAGGGCAGCUUGCCCCUGGAGAAGGUUCUUCCUCCAGCCCACGGUGGCAGCAAACCCGAAUCCCCACGACUCCCACUGACGAAAGAGCAGGGCCGUGGUGGCUCCCUGAGGAUGGGAUGUUUGCAAGACCCUGGGGGAAACAGCUGCAGAGCUGGCCGGAGCAGCCCCCCCUCUUUAAGAGCUUCAAAGGAGUCUCUCCUACCUGAGAGCUGUGAAGCAAGCACCGAUCUUGCCACCCAGGCUCCUGGAGCACCCCCCAAAAUUUCCAAGACAGUCCCAAGCGUAGACUCACUAUAUCCAGUGACAAAUCCGACAGCUGCCUCUGGGAAAGUAGAAGUGGAUUCCAAAGGGCAGCUCUCUCUCUUUAGUUUUGAAGAUCGGCUGGAAGCCCAUGACCUGUCCCAGGGCAGUAAUUCACGUGCUGCCCCAGGAAACCUCACUACCUCGAGAGCCCCUGGUUUCUCAUCUCCAAAUGUGAUCUCCUCGGAUCCCAAACAGACAGGUCGAGCCCUGGGUGAUCAGAACAGUGCUAGAGGCCAAGGGAAGAAGCUCUUUGGCUCCAAGACCGAGGCUGCAGCCCUUCAGUGCUCCAGGCCUGUGGAGCCCACGCCACUGCCCGCUGGUGCCCCUCCCAGUUUUCCCAGUAGGAAGUUGGGGCCAAGCAAAAACUCUGUGUCUGGUGGGGUCCAGACUGCCAGGGAAGACUGGGCUCCAAAGCCACCACCCGUCUCUGUUGGCAGCACUAAGAGCGAGAAGACUUUUGGUGGGGGUCCUCUCAAAGCGAAUGCAGAGAACAGAAAUGCAGUGGGGCCUGGUCCUCGGGAACUGGUGGACCACUUGCAAGGGAUGCCCUUUGUCCUUGAUUUGCCCUUCUGGAAAUUACCCCGAGAGCCUGGGAAAGGGCUCACUCAGCCUCUGGAGCCUUCUUCCAUACCCUCCCAACUCAACAUCAAACAGGCAUUUUACGGGAAGCUUUCCAAACUCCAACUAAGUUCCACCAGCUUUAAUUAUUCCUCCAGCUCCCCCACCUUUCCCAAAGGCCUUGCUGGAAGUGUGGUGCAGCUGAGCCACAAAGCAAACUUUGGUGCGAGCCACAGUGCAUCACUUUCCUUGCAGAUGUUCACCGAUAGCAGUACGGUGGAAAGCAUCUCGCUCCAGUGUGCUUGCAGCCUGAAAGCCAUGAUCAUGUGCCAGGGCUGUGGUGCAUUCUGUCACGAUGACUGUAUUGGACCCUCAAAGCUCUGUGUAUUGUGCCUUGUGGUGAGAUAAUAAAUUAUGGCCAUGGGAAAAGUUGUAUAUUUAGUGUGUGUAUUUUGAUAAUGAUUGAUCUUAAAUCUGUAUACACAAUAUCAUUGAUAAAAUAGACUGUCUCUCUAGGCAAGUCUUGCCUCUCUAAAAUUUAUAGUGCUAAAGCCCCUCCAUCACUUGUCGGACCUUCCGAUCUUGCUGGAAGGGUUUCCUAUAGGGCCACUCAUGGGGCUGCCCAAGGCCGGCGGCCCGAGCUCUCACACAGACCGUCAGAGCCUCAGAGCCUGGUGCGGCGUGAGGAGCCUCCUCAAGACCUAGAGGGACUUGACACUGAAGCGGGAAGGUUGUGUUCUCCACCAGGGGACUCACUUACUGAACUGAGUAGGAAUGUCAGUCUUCCACUGCCCCCUCCCUGCCGUCUUUCCUCCUGCUACUCCUGGGGAAUUGAUGGGAAAGAAGCCAGCACAGGGUUCAAGUAACUGCCAGCAGUGCCCACCAGGGGGCUUUAAGCACCUGCUGACCUCAGGUCACAGUUCAGUCAUUUGCAGUUGAUGGAGCCAGUUUGACCUUCGGUUCUGUUACUGAAGCCAACUUGGGACUUUCCUGCCUCUGUAUGAUCCACUGACCCACAGGAGCUUUCGGAACCUUGAAUAGACCUGCUUGGACGACGGGUCGGGCAUAGGGUUGUCUUUCCUCCUUGUGAGUCAGAUGUCCAGACGUUUGAGAAUUCCUCUGCUUGACACCCUCUCCGUCACCCUGGACUCUGGGAGUGGGCAUCUCCACACACCUGUGUAUGUGAAAGUCAUUUUACAUUUCAAAGCAGUGUGUUUUUCUUAUUUUUAUAUUUUUAACUCUUUAUCCUUGGAUGUAUAAAGUGAACUUUUGGCUUCUGUAAGUAUGCUCUAUGCACCUCUAAUGUUUUAUCAUGUAUUUAUAUGUUGUACACAGUACUGGCCGAUUCUGUAAAUGGAUGUGUUGUACAGAGAACACGAACGUCUCCCUUAUUUUACGUCUUCGGCAUCAUUGCAUUAAAGUGGUGUAACUGACUUCUCUCCACCUGUGUCAGAGCCACUGCGUGCUGUGCUGCCCGACUGAUGUGAGGGGUGGAGUGGUUGACUUGCCCUGUCCCAGGUCACCUGGUGGGCCUGCUGCAGCUUACAGAGCCGUGGUCAGCCUGGCCGCCAGCUGCUGAGCGGAUGCAUCUUGCUCCUCCCAUCUCUUCUCCUGCAACCUUCACUGGCUGCCAUAUGUGACAAGUCACCACCAUCAGUGUGUUCAUUGCUUCUGGAUGAAGGGUGAGUGCCCUGGGAAGCCCCCAGGUGGGCCUUCCAGACCCAGCUCCAGGGUCACCACCUGUCAGCGGUACCUGGGACCAUGCUUUUCUGGGGCCACAGGCUCCACUGGACGUACUUUUGACAGCAGGUGGAGGAAGAGACAGCCGUGCCUGCUUCCUGCCUCUCUCCCACACCUUUCCGGAAAGUAGAUGUCUCCACAGCUGUCUUCCCUCGCCCUGCUUCCUGCCUUAUGUCUCGUCCUCCGACUUGCUGCAGAGUCGAGCGUCGUCCUUGUUUAACGUAGGUCUCACUGUGUGAGUGCUUCUGUGUGAAGUAGAAAAUUGGUAUAACUUCAGCAAGUCUCAUUUCAUCUGAAGGGUCUCCCCCCCGCCCUUUUCAUCCCAUGUGGCAUUUUUGUCAUCUAAAGCAUGAGUGGGAAGUUGGCAAUGAUGUGGUGAUUUCAUUGCAGUAUUGGCCAAGUCCAAGUCGUCAGCUUCAAGAGUCUGUUUACCAAAGACAGGGAGCAGAGGCCCAAGUGUGUUUGAUCCUCUUCUGCUGUGACCUUUGGGACCACUCUAGGGGACAGUUGGGAACUGGUCUGCCAGGACAAGCACUGCUCUUGUAUGUCUCUGUGGUCUUGGAAAAAUAAACCUGUACAACCUGCA